CUAGUGGGGCUGAUACUACACAAAUCUCAUUUCCUUCUCUGGAGCAGGAACACGUCCAAGACCAGAGAAACGAAGGCAAAGCACUGUAUCUGUGCAACUAUUUUAUUUAAGUAAUUUAGAUUUUAAAAAGAGAUGGCAAGCACUACUGUCACAACAGCACAGAUAAUACAUAGUGUAUAUUCUUUUGGACUUGGGAAACACUGCGCCAAAAUCGCAUUGCAAUCCUCGGAAGAAACGUGCAGCGUCACCAACACUCGGGUCCAUCAAAGCAAAAACAAAGUGCUGAAAAGACAGCGUUCUAGUACGCCCGAGCUCCUCAGGUGCAAACGGAGGCUCAGCUUCAACGGACUGAGGUACGACAUCCCUCAACAGCAGCCGAUGGCCGUGGCGCGGCGCAACGAGCGGGAGAGGAACCGGGUGAAACAGGUCAACAUAGGCUUCCAGAUCUUGCGCCAGCACGUGCCCAACGGGGCGACUAACAAGAAGAUGAGCAAAGUGGAAACGCUGAGGUCAGCUGUGGAGUAUAUCCGUGCGCUUCAGCAGCUCCUGGACGAACACGAUGCGGUGUCAGCCGCUUUCCACUGCGGGGUGCCGUCUCCUACUCAUUCGAACAGCUGUUCCGCUGAACCAGAAUCGCCUCACUCCACUUAUUCCUCAGACGAAGCUGGCUACGAGACUCUAAGUUACGAGGAGCAAGAGUUGUUAAAUUUUACUACCUGGUUUGACAGAUACUGAUCAGCUUUUCCAAAUGCAGAAAGGCAGGAGAAUAAAGGCAGGAGAGUACCUCUUUUCACUAUCACCAAGACUCAGAAGAUAAGGUUUAAUGGACAGCCACUCUUCAUAGCUAAUCUAAGUGCAAUUAAGUCAAUCUAAUUAAAGGCCUAAGAAUGUCGAAUUUUUACACCAAAUGAAUUUUGGAGUCCUAGGACUUCCAGUGAUGCUAGGAUUUAAAAUACUGUAUCCAGGUUUUCCAGAAAACAAUGUCAACCUCUUACAUUAGCCUGUAUAUUAAAUCUAUGUAAUUUUUAUGUUUAUGUUUGUAUUAUACAUCACA